GUACACCAAGUCCCCGGUCUUUAUUGGACAGGGUCGCCGAUAUCGGUUCGCGACCUCAUCCGAAUUGCGGUUUGGGCCGGCCAGAUGGCUUCGACCGACGAGGUGUCACGCCUACUUUACCAGAAGUACCAAGCACUGAACAAGGCGCAACGCAAGAGGCUGGCACAGGUAUUGCUGGACAAGCCCGACGAUUUCUAUAAAGUCCUGGGUGUCCCCGACGUAAAAGCCAAGAAUCGGAAAGCAGUAUUAGACUCUAUUCCACAACCACAAGGCGACACCCAACUCACCCGUCCGGAACCUCAGUCGACACCGAUGAACGCCACGGUAACGACACCAGAAACACUACGUGACAUUCUCGGGAUGGUCUUCCAGCAGCAGCAAGAAGCUUCUCGACAAAUGAUUCAAACGCUAUCGGCCUACACCCAAGAAACCAUUCAAGCUACG